CGUCCAUGUUUGAAUCUGGCGGCCGUGGCGACUUCCUCUUCCGGCAAUGCGGUCCCUGUUUGGCUUGUGGAGUAAGUCGUGUUUCCCUGCUGUACCGUGGGGACUGAUCAGCUGCCGAGAAAUGGCAAAGAGCAAAUUUGAGUACGUGAGGGACUUCGAGGUGCAGGACACUUGCCUCAGGAACUGCUGGGUGCUGGUCAGGGUGGAUGGGCGAAACUUUCAUCGUGACGCAGCCAUGUCCUGGAGCAUCGAUUUCAGCUCAGUGCGUGAGGGAAGAUUCGCCAGCAACAGCUGGAUGCUUUUGAGGCUGAAAAGAAUGCUUUACUUAAUGAGAAUGGCGCAGCUCAGGAUGAACUGAACAAGCUUACUGAGGCAUAUGCAAAGCUGCUGGAUCACCAGAUGUUAUGAAGCUGAAAAUACUGAGCUCAAACAGGAGGUUUCCAAACUCCGCGCUCAGCUUGCAAAAGAGAAGCAGGUAGAAAAGCAACUGCAGGCGCACUUGACUGAAAUCCAGGGUGUGAAGAGAUUCGAUCCAUCCAAAGCUUUCAGGCAUGAUGUCAAAGAGAAUGUGAUGCCAAAAGCUCCUUUACGGGAAGGAAACAAACGCUGAAUGGACAAUAACUGUGACUCUGACCCACAAUCCUGCCUCCUGAUUUUAUAUGUUCUUUUAUUUUUAUAUAUAUUUGGGGAGGAAUACUGCUGAAAACAUCCAUUCUAAACCAUUUGUGCUUUUUACUGUCAAAUUUAUCAUUGUAGUCUAUUUUUUCACAACUUUUUAUCAUGAUUUUAUGUGUUAAGGAAACUACUCUAAACAUGCCCGCUUGCUUUUAGAUAUAUAUGACUUAAACGAAGAUAUCUUAUUAUUUAUGCCUUGUUGUUUCUGUCUGGAACUUUAUCUUUUUCUGGACAGGAAAAAGUCGAUAUCUAGUAUGAAUAUUACAGGUAAAAAUAAAACUAGCAAGUCCUUAAUUACAAA